GCGUGAGGCAGGAAAGGAUUGGAACGGUGCACCGAACUCAAAAGCGCACGGCACCGCUCCGCACAGCCACGGGAGCCCGCUCCCCCGCCGGCGGCGCAGCGUGCGCCACGUCCGCCCUUGCAAAUCCCAAAUCGCCCAUAAGAAUGGGGAAAACGAAUGAGUAUCCCCGUCGCGCAAACGCCGCAGCCUAGAAAACGCCCGAUUCAGAUCGCGAUCGCCAUGGCCGCCACGGGCUGGUCGGACCUCCCUUCGGAGCUCCUCACCGACAUCGCCGGCGGGCUAAGCGAGCUCGCCGACAUCGCGCGCUUCCGCUCCGUCUGCUCCUCUUGGCGCGCCGCGGCGGCUGACGCCGCGGCCGUGCCCCCGCCGCAGUCGCCGUGGCUCGUCCUCCCGUCCUCCCCGUCCAGGCUCUUCUUCUGCCCCCGGGAGGACCGCAUCUACCCGGAACUCCGGCUGCCUCCCCCGGCCGCGGAGGCCCACCACCGACGCCGACGCCGCCUCUACGCGUCCCCGCAUGGGUGGACCCUCGCCAUCGACCCAACCGAUCUCUCGGCCUCCCUCGUCCAUCCCUUCACCGGUGCGACCCGCCCCCUCCCGCCUCUCCCCGCCUUCUUCGCGGAGACCGACGACCUGGCAUGGGACUGGUCCCCGCAUGGCGUCAUGGCGUCCUGCGGCGAGGGCCUCCUCUUCUGCGCCUCCGACCCGACCGCCGCCUCCUGGGCCACGAUCCCCGCCCUGGCUGACUGCAACGCGAGCAGCAUCAACUACGUCGGGGGCGAGUUCUUCGUCUUCGAGGAGGACGUCUGCCGUACCACCAUCGUCGAUGCCGUCACCCUCGCCGUCGCGGCUGUCAUCCCGGCGCCCGCCGUCGAGCUCCCCUCCGAGGCGCGCAUCGCGGUAGCCGGCGACGAGCUUUUCCUCCUCGUCAAGUCCAAGUGGAUGUACCUCUUCGGCGACGACGUUGAUUUCUCCAAGGCCUUCCGCGUCAAUCACCGCAGCGUCGAUCCGGUCUGGCAGGAGCUCGCCGGCAUCGGCGACCGCGCUCUGUUUGUGGAUUCCCUCCACGGAUUCGCGGUUCCGACCGCGGGGUUUGGCAAUCUUGAGAGCAACACCAUCUACUCGGUGAGCAGCAAGGAGGCGAAUAACAGGCGUCCAACCACGGUGAAUUAUAGCGUGUCGGCGUUUAGUUUGGAGAACCGUAGCUCCAAGAAACUUGCGUGCCGGCUGAACGGCCGGGAGAUGGCUAUACGCGGUGAGUCGCCAUCGUGGAUCAUACCGAGCUUGAAUGAAGGCUGAGGUUUCUGCGGACUUGGAGAUCGCCGUUAUUGGGCAAUGGUGUUGAUAUCUGGCUCUAGCUUCUGCAUCUAGGAAUGGAUGUCGGAGUCCGAGAAGCGUUUACUACUAUUAAGCAACAAGAAGUUGACGGCGACUACAUCUGGAUUCUGAAGUCUCCGGGGGCACUCCAGAACAUCUAGUAUCUUAGUUGGUAGAAAUAAUAUGAUCUAAGUCUGACAACUUUUAUACAGUUGCUACAUAUCUGUUUGGGAGGGGUGUCUCUCGAACAAACACCUCUUAAACAUGUAUAUAUAUCAAUUAUCAAUCAAUGAAAGAGAGAGUUCGAAUGA